AUGCCGACAAGACUGUCGCUCACCAUCGACAUUGUGUGGCCGUACGAUCAGGAGUUGAACGACAACACCAUCAAGUCAAUCGAAGCAAUGGCGCCAACAGUCACACAUCUUGACCUGGCCUUGGCAAUCAAGUCCAGAGACCAUGAUACCCUGUGCCAGACCAUGUGCGACCUGCUCUUCAAUCACUUUAUUUAUCUGACGUGUCUGCGCCUCUAUGAUGCCGAGGUGGGCUUCACCGACUACAUCAGCAGGGAUGAGAUGCGUCCAAUAUUCUUUGAUGGUCUGCUUCGGAUGAAGAAUCUCCAACAAUUGACAUUGAUCAUUACAUCGUGGCGCGAUUCAUCUCCAUUGUCAACAGGCUUUACUCGCGAUCUGUGCAACUAUCUUACCAAACAACAAUCGUUGACCAGUCUCAAGUGUGAUGUGGAUGACCCUGAGCUCCUCGUACUGUUACUCCAAUCCGAUCAUCCAUCAAUUGCCAAUAUCCAAGAUCUUAGUCUUGAUGUCGAUGUAUUGGUCCCUGUCAAGAGGUCGUUGGACAAGCUGACUUACACUCCCAAUUACCCUGGCACACCUGGUGGCCACCUCGCAGACUUGGCCAAUGUCACAUGCUUCACAAUCAAAGGUAUCUCAAUGAGGAGAUUGUCAAGGUUGUUGAAAGAGGCUAUUGGUAUACGUGAGCUUACAUGUUUGAAUGUUGAACGCUCAGGUAACAGCUCCGAUCAAGAUUUGAUUGAAGGUAUAGAUUCCAAUCUAAUGUUGGAACAACUAUACAUCAGCUUCCUCGAUGGAUAUGAGCCGGCCAAUGAUGUCAUGGAAUCAAUCAACACAGUCAUCCAAGAUCAUCCAACCAUCAGGAAUAAAGACACCUGGUCCAUCACCGCGACCUGA